GGAUUAGCCGACUGCCAUCAUGCCAGCCCUCAGACCCCUCAUCAAACCUAAGAUCGUCAAGAAGAGGACCAAGAAGUUCAUCCGUCAUCAGUCUGAUCGCUAUGUCAAAAUCAAGCGUAACUGGAGAAAACCAAGAGGUAUUGACAACAGAGUUCGCAGAAGAUUCAAAGGACAAAUCUUGAUGCCCAAUAUUGGAUAUGGUAGCAAUAAGAAGACAAAGCACAUGCUGCCUUCAGGAUUCAGAAAGUUCCUUGUCCACAAUGUCAAAGAGCUGGAGGUGCUGAUGAUGAGUAACAAGUCCUAUUGUGCAGAGAUUGCUCACAAUGUUUCCUCCAAGAAUCGAAAAGUAAUUGUGGAAAGGGCAGCUCAGCUUGCUAUCAAGGUUACCAAUCCAAAUGCAAGACUGCGUAGCGAGGAGAAUGAAUAGUUGUUCUUACACAACACUAUUUAAUAAAAUAUCAAAACUAAAAAAAAGAAAAAGAAAAGAAAA